AUGCACAAGCUGGCCAUACAUCCAAUGGUCACUCUCAAACUCAUCCGUCCUCCAGUCGCACAGCGGCGCCUGGACCGGUUGGGCCGCGUCAGCCCCUCGGGUAAGCCCCAGCUGCUGAAGGUGGAGGGUGGGGAGCUGAAGAUCGGGUCCGCCCUGAAGGAGAAGCCCCCGGGCUGUGACCCGCCGCUGAAGACUGAGGCCGGGGCGGACAGUGGGCGGGCAGAGGCCGGGACGGACCCUGAGCGGGCAGAGCUGACGGGAGAGCCGGCGGCAGGCGGUCCGGACGGAGACGGCGACGGUCCGUCAGUCUGUCCGCCGCCACAUAGGGAGAUCGUCAGCUGCGACUGCGACGUCAAAAACGAGGUGGACGUGGGCCCGGUGUACUGCCGUCUUGGCUCGGCCGCCACCCUAGAGGAGCUGAGACGUCAGCUGGCCGAACAGACUGACUUCACCACGGAACAGGUGCGCCUGGAGACGGUCAGAUACACGGGCCACGAGGGGAAGACCGAACAGGGCUGUCCCAUCGCCAAAUGGGUGCUCCGGCGGCGGGACGAUUCCGAACAGCUGUUGGCGGUGGCCAAGCGGCGGCCUGGCCACCGGUGCCGCUUCACCUUCCUCGUGCUGAUGCUGGUGGUGUGGGACGCGCUGGCGCCGCGCCGAGCCGACACCCUCUACAGCUCGCUGGUGGAGCGGCUCAACCGGUCGGCCACGCCCACCAGGAGAGGGUGCGGCGCCAACCGGCCGCGGACCUGCAUGUGCCAGGGCCUAGACUCCCGCUCCGAGGGCGCCUCCUUCUCCUUCGGCUGCUCGUACAGCAUGUACUUCAACGCCUGCAAGUUCGCGCGCAGUCACCAGGCCAGGAAGUUUCGACUCAACCACCCCGAUCAGGAGGCGCCGCUGGAGCAGGAGCUGCAGGAGCUGGCCACCGAAAUGGCGCCGCUGUACCGGCGAGUGGCUCCUGUCGCCUACCAGAACCAGGUACGCUCGGAGCAGGCGGCGCUCGAGUGUCGUCUCGGCCUGGCCCCGGGCCGGCCCUGGUCCGGCGUCACGGCCUGUCUGGACUUCUGCGCGCACGCCCAUCGCGACAUCCACAACACGCGCGACGGCUGCACCGCGGUGUUGACGCUCCUCAAACCGCGAGCGGGUGAGGUGGAGACGCCGCCGGGCCAGGCCGGUCCAGGCGCCUCAGUGGGGCAGCCGACGGCAGUCCAGUCGGGCGCUCAGUUAGACCGGACCGACGCUGCGGACGGAGAGGAGUCUCAUCAGAACACGGCUCCCGCUGUGGGUGAACGGGAUGACGGACUGAACGGGUGGUCUUCUGACGCCCAGCUGAGCUCUACCGGAGAGCUGACUCCUAACGGACUGCUGGAACCUAACGGACAGCUGAAUUUCUCUAACGGUCAUCGAAGUCCACCAAACGGUCCGCCUGGUCUGUCAAACGGUCUUCAGUCCCCUGGCGUUCAGCCGGGCCCUUCUGAUGGUCAACUCAACGUUUCUGGUGAUACCGAUCAGCCUGCUCUGUACCCCGACCCGCCGGACUCCCAGCCCGCGCGUCCGACUGCGGACCCCGCUGAAGAGGUGGUCAGUCCCUCCGAGCCCCCUGACGAGCAGCUGCACGUGCUGCCCCUGUACGUGCUGGAGGAGAGUGGAGAGGAGCAGAGGGACGGCGUCCAGCGGCUGCACAGUUACCCGGUCGAGAUUCGCCGUCGGGAGGUGCCUCUGGCCACGUGCACGGUACGUAGGGCUGCCAAGCGGCCGCUCCCCUCCCGCCCGGGCUCGGCGGCGGCUGCUCCCGGGUCCGCGCUGGGGGGCCGGGUGUCGGCCGCCGGCCGCCGCGUCCACUGGCCGGGUCUGCAAGAGGCGCUGGGCAGCUGCGGCCGAGCCGUGGUCGGCUGGCUGGGCGGCGAACCCGGCGCGCUGUCCGAGCCGGGAGCGGAGUCCGCUCUCUCCUAUCCGUCCGACCCCGUGCUGUACCCGGGGACCCCGGCUCUGCCCCGUCCGUCGGACGCCCGUCAGCCGCUCGGCCCGGCCGCCGGGUCGGCUCAGACCUCGCCGGGUGAUGGCCGGGACGCGCCCGGUGCUCCCGCAAUCGGCCCGGCGCGGCAGCGGUGGCAGAGUGUACUGCCGGGACAGGCAACUCCCCGUGUGCCGCUGGAUCCUACUGUGGUUUCUGACGUCCCCCACUCACGACCCGGGACCGGGGCCGGCGGGGACCGUUCGGAGGCCGGCGGGGACCGUUCAGGGGCCGACUGGGAGCGCACGGAGGACGGUGUCCGGGUGCGCCGGUACCAGUCGGACUGCUCGGCCUCCUUCUCCGACCGCCGGGCCGGCGGCGUGGCCGUGGCUCUCACCCACGGCUCUCUGCUGCUCGAGUGCGCCGUGGACGAGCUGCACGCCACCACGGCGCUGCGCCGGCCCGACCGGCGCCGGCCCAGCCGGCUGUCGCUGGUGUUUUACCAGCACAAGGGCCUGCAGCGGCGCCGGCACGGCUGGAUUAUGGGCUACGUGGCCGCCAUGGCGCCCCACCGGCCGAACCAGGAGCUCUUCAUCGUCUGA